CGCGCGGUGCCCCAUGCGCCGCUGCUGCCCGGCUCUCUGCAUCGCCGCCGGCCCCGGCAGCCACCGCCCCGCCAUCGCCGCCCCGCUCCCGCUCCCGCCCGCCGCCGUGUCCCGCCCGCCGCUGCUGGUGCUGCUGCUGCUGCAGCGCCGCCCCGCGCCGCCCGCCCCUGCGCCUCCGCCGCACAAGAUGGCGGCCGGUGGGAGCGGCGGGGGCCCCGGGGGCCUCUCCUCCUCCUGCCCGCAGCCGCCGCCGCCGGGGAACGGCGCCGCCGCCGCCGCCGCCUGCACCAACGGCGCGCCCGCCUCGCCCCCCGGCCUCACCUACAACCAGUGCGGUGCCGCCAACCCGGCGGCGAGCGGCGGAGCGGCGGGCCCGGCGGCGGCGGUUGCGGGGGCGGCGGGGGCCGCCGGGGGGGCGGGCGGCCCUGGCGGGGCGCUGCAGCGGGAGCCGGUCUAUAACUGGCAGGCGACGAAGCCCACGGUGCAGGAGCGUUUCGCCUUCCUCUUCAACAACGAGGUGCUCAGCGACGUGCACUUCCUGGUGGGGAAGGGCCGCGGCUCGCAGCGCAUCCCGGCGCACAGGUUCGUGCUGGCCGUGGGCAGCGCAGUCUUCGAUGCGAUGUUUAAUGGUGGAAUGGCCACAACUUCUACAGAGAUUGAGCUGCCUGAUGUGGAGCCUGCUGCCUUCCUGGCUCUGCUGAAGUUUCUUUAUUCAGACGAAGUUCAGAUUGGACCAGAGACUGUUAUGACAACACUUUACACAGCUAAAAAAUAUGCAGUUCCAGCCCUUGAAGCUCAUUGUGUGGAAUUCCUCAAAAAAAACCUCCGAGCAGACAAUGCAUUCAUGCUGUUAACACAGGCAAGACUGUUUGAUGAGCCUCAGCUGGCCAGCCUUUGCUUAGAGAACAUAGACAAGAACACAUCAGAUGCCAUCAAUGCAGAGGGGUUUACAGACAUUGAUCUGGACACCCUGGUUGCAGUGCUGGAGAGGGACACCCUGGGGAUCCGGGAGGUGCGUUUGUUCAAUGCGGUGGUUCGCUGGGCGGAGGCCGAGUGUCAACGGCAGCAGCUGCAGGUGAUUCCAGAGAACAAGAGGAAGGUGCUGGGCAAAGCACUUUCCCUUAUCCGCUUCCCAUUGAUGACUAUUGAGGAGUUUGCAGCAGGGCCUGCCCAGUCGGGAAUCCUGACGGACCGGGAGGUGGUGAGCCUGUUCCUGCACUUCACCGUCAACCCGAAGCCGCGGGUGGAGUUCAUCGACCGGCCGCGCUGCUGCCUGCGGGGGAAGGAGUGCAGCAUCAGCCGUUUCCAGCAGGUGGAGAGCCGCUGGGGGUACAGUGGGACUAGUGACAGGAUAAGGUUCUCAGUAAACAAAAGGAUAUUUGUAGUUGGGUUUGGAUUAUACGGAUCCAUACAUGGGCCAACGGAUUACCAAGUAAAUAUACAGAUCAUCCACACAGACAGCAACACAGUGCUGGGGCAGAACGACACCGGGUUCAGCUGUGAUGGAUCCUCCAACACUUUCCGCGUCAUGUUCAAGGAGCCUGUUGAGAUUCUACCCAACGUCAACUACACAGCAUGUGCUACCCUCAAGGGUCCAGAUUCCCACUAUGGAACCAAAGGACUGCGCAAAGUGAUCCAUGAAUCACCCACAACAGGAGCCAAAACCUGCUUCACGUUCUGUUACGCGGCCGGAAACAACAACGGCACGUCCGUGGAGGAUGGACAAAUCCCAGAGAUCAUCUUCUACACAUAGUGCAGCUGCAGAGCAGGCUCUGGACUCUCUUCUCUUCCCCGUGACCUUCCAAACUAAGUAUCUGGCUGAGUUUGACCACACCAGUUGGAGCCACACUAGCCAAAGGUCUCAGUAAAAUCAUUUCAAAGCUCAUGUUCUGCCUUGUGCUGGUGAUCCUGCUGCUACCACGUACCAGGCUGGCUGGUACCCCAGUCCCAUGUGUAGCUUGUCUGUGGUUAGUCAUGUUCUACUUUACUGAUUAAUCCUAUCUAACAACAUGCAUUUUUAUUUUUAUUUUUUGGACUGCAAUGAAUGUAGAUGCUUUUCCACCGGUCAGAAGCAUGGAAACGAGUGGCUCUGGUUGUGGUUCUACUUCCUGGGAGGAGAGAAUCCUACAAAAAAAAAACACCACACACAAAAAAAACCCAACACAACAAAAAAAACCAAACCAAACAGACUCGGUCAAGGGCUGGUGGCCCAUCCUUUUCCCUGAGGCUUUGCUGUUCCACCACUACAGGGUCUUGUGGGAGACCCCAAAACUAGAGCAGCUCUGGAGAGACUGUGGUGUUUUCCUGCUGUUCUCCUGAAUUUGUGACAAUCCUUCACCCUGGGCAGCUGGUGACAGCAACCGGCCGUGCCCUGCGGAGCCGGGAAGGGACAGGGGCUCUGCCUGGGCAGGCUCCUUCCUCCCCUGCCCCCCCCAGGGCCUGGUGGUGCUUCUCCCAACUUCUGCAGCCUGGUUCCAAGGGUGGGUGAUCCUGGGUGGCCCUCCUCAGCAGUAGGGCACCUGUGCUAAUUGUUACUGUGCUAAUCAAGCCCUUGGCAGGUCCUGCCAGGGGCUGGCAGCUGAAGCAAGCAGGGCUCCUUGGCCUCCCUGCCCCUCCUUGGCCUCCCUGCCCCUGAGUGUUGCUGCUCUCUCCGUGCACCUUUCAAUGCAUUUCCUCUUGGUUCCCGUGUGUUUCUCACCCACCCACCCCUGGGCUGCUCCAGAACCUGCUGCCCUGAUGUGAAAUAGAAGAGAGGUUUGAUGUGCACCUGCCUGUUACCUAAUAACGCAGCAGAUGGAUGAGGAUUUAUGGAGCAGUUUAGGAAAACAUGAAAGGUUUUCUGUUUGCCUGGGUGUGUUUGCACAGUCCCUGCUUGGAUGGGCACAGGAGCACGAGGCUGUAUUUACAAAUAUCACAAAUGGCUCCUGACUUGGGGCUGUUGAGCUCCGUGAUCUUGAAGAUGCCCCUUAACCUGUUUGGGGCUGGUUGUUUUUCCCCAUCAGCUGGUACAACUUUAGCUGGGAGGGGGAGGUUUGUCCUGCCAGGGGGUGGGGGGCUCAUACCUGACCAGCUUCAUGGUCACUGGUGAGGACCCUGAGGCUGGACCCUCUCUGUAAUUAAACCACAGCUUGGCAGUGUGACCAGAGCCUUUUGCAGUCUGCAGGGGCAAGUGCUGCCCCAAAGCUGAGGGUCCCCCCCCCCGCCAGCUCCAGGCACACAAAACCCUUGGGACCCACCAGGCAGCAGUUGCCACCCUAUUUGGCUCUGAGAAGUUAAAACCUCCUUGUCCUUUGCUGUCGUGGGUGGCUUGGUCACUCUCUGGGGAAAUGGCACCUCCUGCUCCCUUGGGUUGGGAGCCCAGUGUCUCCUCAGCCCCACAGCAGUGACCCUGCAGGAGCAGCCUGCACCUCCUCACCAGUAGCUGUUAGAGAGGUCAGCACUGUGUUCUGUUCCCUAGGAAGACAUUGCAGGAUGUGUGGUUCUUCUGCUUCCAGGUGGGAUGUUCCUAAUGUGGCCAGUACUAAAAAAAGGAAAAGAAAAGAAAAAAAAAAAAAAAAGGAUCUGUGACUUAGUUAUUGAACCUGACUCUGUGCAAUGCAAAGUGAGAUGGGUCAGGGAGGUGGCCCUGGGGUGCAUGAAGUUGUGCCUGCUCUCACCUCCCACCCCUGCCCCCUUCUCAGAGGUUGUGGGGUCUUCCCUGCAGCCCCACAGGGUCCCUGUUCUGGGGACACGGCACCUCAGGGCCUUUCUGCACAGAGGUGACAAUAGUGGGACUCACUGGAACUGGAAAGGAGUGAAGCUGCAAACUUGCCUGAGGCAGGAGCAGGGCCUGGACCUCCCUGCUGCCUCUGCCAGGGUCUGUUUUCACCUCUUUCGCAGAUUCUCUCCCCGAACUCACCCUUCUUCCGCCACUUCCUCCCAGGUAGGUCCUGGGGGCUUGUCCUGUUGGGGAGGGAGUCAAACUGAACUACACCCGAGCAACUCCUGUUCUUACAGCUUCCCUGCAGUUGGAUGCAAUUCUGGCUUUUGUAGAUAGAUGAAUGUAAACUCAUUGUUGGACCUGCCUGUUCCCAAAAGUACGAGACGUUCUGUUUGUACCACGUCACCUUCCAGGCAGAGCUGGGACUGUCUCCACUUCCAGUGCUGUAUUGAUGAAUGUAUCCGAUGCUCUCGUUCAGUGUUCACACUCUGCUUUUUUGGCCAGCUUUGUGAUUUGUAAAUAGGAAAUCAAUAAAGACAUUCGGGUUGUCUUUA